UGAAACACACACACCAGAAGAGCGUCCAUAACACAGCAUGGACGUGGCUUUGAAUUAGCAGCCAUGUUUUUGUAGUAGUUUGUUUUGAAUGAGGACUUGUUGAGAAGAUGGUGCUGAGGAGCGGGGGCUGGAAAUGAAUGUCUGGAGCUGGAUGCUCAGCAGCAGCUUUCUCAUCUUCCCAUCCAUCCUCCCAAAGCAAAAAUAAAAGAGUCAACAUGGCCGCGGAGCAGCUCGCCCUGCAGCACCUCUGAGGCUGAAUAAAACCACACACAGAUUAAAUGGCGUUUAUGUCCCGGUUCUCCCGGUCCAGGAGCAGCUCCAGGUCCCCGAACCGAAAAGAUACCGAGCGCGUGUCCCCGCUGCUGACCGUGUCCGAGCUGGAGAGGCUGCUGUGCACGGGCAAAACUGCCUGCAACCACACAGACGAAGUGUGGCCGAGACUUUACAUUGGAGAUCAAGAUAUCGCAUCAGACCGACGAGAGCUGGCCAAACUCGAAAUUACACACAUCCUCAACUGUGCCCAGAGCAAGUGGCGAGGCGGUGCCGAGUAUUACGCUGGGAUGAACAUCACUUAUCACGGCAUCGAGGCUCACGAUUCCCCAACCUUCGACAUGAGCGUCAACUUCUAUCCUGCUGCUGAGUUCAUCCACAAAGCCCUCAUCAAUGGAGGUAAGGUGCUGGUCCACUGCACAGUGGGAGUGAGCCGCUCGGCCACUCUGGUGCUGGCGUACCUGAUGAUCAGACAGAACCUGACGCUGGUGGAGGCCAUCAAAACCGUGAAGGACCACCGAGGCGUCAUCCCCAACCGAGGGUUCCUCCGCCAGCUCAACGGCCUGGACGGCAUCCUGAGAGAGAGCCGUAAGACGUCUCCACAGAGCUGAAAACACACACUCAACUGAUAUCUGAUAUUGGUUUCUUCUGAUUCAUUUGAAUUUGUUAUUUAUUUAUUUAAGUGUUUUAUAUUGUUGUUCAUUUGUGUUUGAGCCGCUGAAAAACAUCAACACUGACAUUUAAUGUCUAAGGGAACUCUCAGCGCAUUAAUGAAGAUCUUAUUACGUCUACUUAGUCGAGUCAGUUUUAUUGAUUACAAUACAACUUGGCUAUAAAGGGUCAAAAGCAGGACAGUUUAGGAACAACUAUUCUCUUUUUAUACCAGGGUAAAGUCCACUUUAAUCAAACUUCAGACAAUUCCACUCGAAACUGAUGUUCUACUGCCGCUGAACCUUCAAAAAUGAAAUCAUAGCUAAACAGAAUACAGGCUUAUACACUGCAGGAAUCCAUAGCAAAUCUAAUCUCUGGUGCAAUUUUUCUUAUGUCAAGAAAUGUCUUAAAAUGUGUUAACAAUUAUUACUGGAAGAAGAUGAAAUAAUCUCAUCUCACUGGUAGAUUUUUACAAAAAACAGUCACUUGUACUCAUUUUAUUACCAAAGUCCAAGCAGUCCAACCAACCACAUGUACAUUUCAACGAUCCCAUGUCAUUGUAGUAAAUAUAGACAUAAUAAAAUACAUAAUUUCAUUCACUGGAGACAUUGAAUAGUGUAGUUAGAAACAGUUUUAGAAUAAUAUAUGAGCAAUGUUGAUGUUUUAAUAAGAGAAAUUGUAGGUGGUUGUGUCAUUUUAUAAUAAUGCAGCAAUUUAUGUAAAUGUUUUGGUAACUGGAAAGGAAGACAACCAAUUUAAUCAUAAUGAAGUAUUUGCUAAAUUAUAUACCAUAGAAAAAAACAACAAGGACAAAAUAAAUAAACAUUAAUAGUACUUGUUUUGGUUUUAAAACGAGGCAUCAUUAAUGUGAACUAGAUCAAUGGGAAUCAGAGUAUUGCCACUGGCUCUUAGAGCUCCUAUUAGAAUCAUAAAGGUGAUAUUGUUCUCUCACGCAAGAGAGCUAGUGUGCAGUGCAGUGUUCACACUUAACGUUUAUGGUUGUGAUUCAGUGUCCCAAACAUUUAGUCCCUGGAAAUACCACACCUGGUUUUUCAACAUAUGGGCUUUCCUGUCUUUUGUAAUCAAAAUGGAGGGUUAAACCUGUGAUAUCAGCCCUCAGUAAGAAGACUCUUGCUCAUUAUUCCCCAUAGAUUAAGUAUUUGCAGGUCUUCCCUCUACUUUUUUUACAUUCAGCAAGUGUCAUUAAGUGCUCUGAACAGCUCACACACUAGCGCAGGUCUAUACCAGCAGUUAUGUAGCCUGUCGAUUAUUGUACUACAGUGUUGUCACAAUCUGUACACAACUGUUAGCUGUGAGUUUGUGAAUAGCGCAUACAGUAUACUUCAGUAUACUAUGAUUUUCGUUCGAGUUCAAUGUAUUGUUUCAAUCAAAUAGUCACAGUCCUUAAUAUUUGUAUUAGAUAUCUGAAAUUCAUCCAGUAGAGAUGGAUGGACAUCUACGGGAUGGACAUUACAGUCUGCAGUCUGGUUUAUCACUCCUUAAUCACUAUAAUGGUGAAUAUUUAAUAUGCCUGCAUUUAGAGGCACUGAGACUUGACGUGCAGUGGGAGAAAAUACCACAAAUGUGCCAUUGCAAAAGCUACCAACUGCCUGGCUGUCAGGAGAGUUCACAGUGUUCAGUGCUGUACGCGAGUCUUACAAAGUCCGCUCUUUUGUCUUGUUAUUUAGUGAGGCCUGUGUUCUCAUGCUAACGAAAAACAAUCGAGGAUCCAAUGCUGAAAUUUAAACCAGCUUUUCAAAUACCCUCCAGUGUUUUAUUAAUGAUUACCUCGGGUAUCACAUGUUUUUUGUGACUUGUGGUCUUCAUUUGUGCUGUUUUAAAACCACCAUGAUGAAAUGGGGUAAAGAGUUGUACUUUGCUCAACUCACAGGGAAAAAAACAAUGUAAACUAAAAGCUAAUUAGUGGAUUUGUACAGUCUGUGGGGGUAUUAGGGCAUAGUUUGAAUGUUUUUGAAAUAAGCUCAUCGGAUUUUCCUGCCGAUAGUAAAAUGAGAAGUUAACUCUGUGCGAUAAGUAUGGAGCUGGGGCAGGAGGUGAUUAGCUUAGCUUAGCAUAAAAGCUGGAGGCAGAGGUAAACAGCUAGCCUGGCUGUCUAACAUGUUUUUAGAUUAAUGUUAACGGAUUAAACACACAAGACGUUUCAUGUAAUGGGCCCCUCUGUCUUUCAAAGUCUGUGUUUACAAUUAGCAACAAAAGCAGUAAUUUUUGAUAUAACGGGUAUUUGAUUUCCCACAAAAGUUAAAAAUGUAAACAGGUUUGACAGUGUUGUUGGUAAACUAAUACUAGCAGAUUUUAUCAGAUGUAGUUGUUAAUGCCAACUCUGUAAUUUCGCUGAUUUUGGUAGCUUUUAAAAAAAAAAAUAGCUAGCAGUUUUUAUUUCUGUCUCUGGUGCUAAGCUAAGAUAAUCACCUUCCUAUUGACUGCACUAUAUCCUUAAAGAGUGUUUCGUGUUGUGGCCUUGGAAAGCACUAUCGCGAUUUCAUGGGACAGUUUGCUUGCAUUGUGUGUUAGAUUAAUACCCAUUUGCAUCGUAGCUGGAUUCUUUGGGACCAAUAUGACCCAAGGGGCCACAUCAGACCCCUUUAUCCAUAUUGCAUGAAACAUAUUUUUCAUGGGAGCAAAUUUGGUAUAUUUGGAUUGAUUUGUGAAGGCAUGAAGUAACUACCAAAGUCCAGAAUAUACGUUACAUUUGGUGUCAGGAAAAGCAGACUUACUUGUGUAAGACUUUCUGUUAAAUACAACGAUGUCCUGGUGCAGCUUAAACCGUCUUUUUCCAGAAUAUUUCCACUCAGUUAAUACACAAAAUAAACACUUUAGAAUAGGUGAACUAUCCAAGAAUAUUCCUCUGGAUAGGGCCUUUAACCAUUGCGAUCUUUACCUUUGCUGUAUCGGAUCUGUGUUUUGUAUUUGUGGUUUUACUGUGUCGUGAUUGUAAUAUUUGUUUUCUUACUGAAACCUUUCUAUAGGGAAACUUUAAUUAUUUUGAAUUUAUUUUUGUAUUACUCCCUUUGAGGUUCAUUGAAGACGAAACUGGCAAAGGAGAUGUCGAUGCCUUAAACUGUACUUCACGUUGGAUUUUAAUGUUUUUAUUGUGAAUAACACUGAGCCUACUUUGUUUUGAUAAAUUCUGUACUGAAUCAGAAAUAAAAAAAACUUCUCUCAAA